ACAAAGCAUUAUGGAGACAGUCAUUACUUCCCAAGAUACUUCUCCUGAGGAUCUUCCGAUAUUUGAUUGUUCUUCUUUUCCAGAUGGUUUUAUUUGGGGAACGGCCUUGUCUGCUUAUCAGACUGAAGGUGCAGCUGAGAAAAGAGGAGUUCACACAUGGGAUACAUUUACUCAUGAUUAUCCAGAAAGGAUAACCGAUGGCAGCAAUGGAGAUAUUGCAACUGAAUUUUAUUAUAAUUUUCAAAAAGAUAUUGAAAUAAUGAAUAAACGGAUGGGUAUGAAUGCUUUUAGAUUUUCCGUUGCAUGGUCAAGAAUAAUACCUAGUGGGAAAAUAAGUGAAGGAAUAAGCGAGGAAGGAAUCGACUUUUACAAUAAAGUUAUCGAUGAAACUAUACACAAUGGAAUGGUGCCUUUUGUAACCAUAUUUCAUUGGAAUGUUCCUCAAGAUAUUGAAGAUAGCUAUGGUGGAUUUAGAAGCCAUAACAUAGUAUCCGAUUACAACGAUUAUGCGGAACUUUGCUUUAAAAGAUUCGGGGAUAGAGUGAAGAAUUGGAUCACUUUCAACGAACCCCAUAUUUUCAUUUGGCAAGGCUAUGAUUUGGGUGUUUUGGCUCCAGGCCGAGGUUCAGCUUGGGUUAAUCCAGCAUGCGUUGCAGGAGACUCAGGAACUGAACCUUACAUAGUGGCUCAUAAUUUACUCCUUGCUCAUGCAGCAGCUGUUGCAACAUAUAAGAAACAUGGUUUUGAUGGCAAGAUUGGUAUAACACUUGAUAUAACAUGGGCAAAACCUUACUCCGCCAGUGCAGACGAUCUUCAAUCUGUCUACCGAUACCUUGAUUUUGAGUUUGGUUGGUUUAUGAAACCCAUAACGCACGGUGACUAUCCAAGUAUAAUGCGAGAGUUAGUUGGAGAUCGAUUGCCAGUUUUUAAUGAAACUGAAUCCAACUCUUUAAAAGGAUCUUAUGAUUUUAUUGGUAUAAACUACUAUACUUCAACUUAUGCCUCUGCCAAUGUCAUAGUUGAUCCUGAUCCGACUCAUAUUCGAUAUACAACCGAUAUGUCUGUUAGUUUGACGAAGUGUGAUAUAAAUGGACAAAGCAUUGGUUUCCAGGCUUCUCCAUCUUGGUUGUAUGUUGCUCCUGAAGGAUUUGAAACCGCUCUAAUAUAUGUCAAAAAUGAAUAUGGGAAUCCAAUCAUUUAUAUAACUGAAAAUGGAAUUGGUGAUCCGGUAGGUCUUUCUCCAUCAGAUGCUCUUAAAGAUAUAUGGAGAAUAUCAUAUCAUACUCUGCAUUUGUGGAAACUGCUUAGAGCAAUUUGUGAUCACAAAGUCAGAGUAAAGGGGUAUUUUGCUUGGUCAUUCAUAGAUAAUUUUGAAUGGACAAAUGGGUAUACCGUAAGAAUGGGGUUCUAUGCUACAGAUACGAAGCUGAUAAGAACUCCAAAAUGGUCUGUUAAUUGGUUUGAGAGAUUCUUGAAACACAAUAAUGCCAUUGGUGGUACCAAAUACAGUUUUCCACUGUAUUUAAAGGAUAAACAAAAAAAUUAAGAUACAUAUAUAUUUAUUCUUAUUUAGGGGAUAAACAAAAAACUUAAGAUAUAUAUGCUCUGUUUUGAAGGAAUGUUUGUAAUAAUUGUAUCCGUUUAAAAUUAGAUGAGUUUAUAGCGUGAAAAAAUAAUGGCAUAUAGGAUUACAUCUUUUUGGGAUAUAAUCAAAGUUGAUAUUAUUAAAGCUACUCAGGAGGCCUUCACUUCUGGUAAGAUUCUGAGACAAACUAAUGCUACUUCUAUUAUUGUUGUGCCUAAAA